CACAGUAAAUGCGGGCAUAUCUUGGUAAGCAAGCUGUUGUGUACUUCUUUUCUUUUUUCCACCAGGUCGGCCACCCUCGAACCAACCCAAUCACACUGAUAUUGAUGAUAUUGACGGGGAUACCUAUCCCCGUAUCAUUGCUGCCGUGAGUGGGAGACGUGCAGUGCGAGCCCUGGAGCGAAUUGGGCCCAGAUCGCUUCAUUACCUUACUAUGAAAGAGGAGAUUCAUGACGAUUCGACAUCUUCAGCAACCUCAAGCAAAUCGCCUGAUGCAGCGACACCAUCGGAGCAAGACCAACGAUCGGCUUCAAUGCCCGAACAAGCGAUACGAGGGAUGGGGACGUUGAAUAUAAAUGCUAUAGUCGACAUGUGGAAAGAUGCUGGGCUGGGUAUUCAGCGCUUGGAAUGGCCAAGUCUGUUAGAGGAGAGCAGGGAACGCCUAUUUGAAGAUGACGGCAGUGUGGCUGGGAAUACCAACGCAGACGAGAUGCCUGACCUGAGUCAAAAGACUGUGAACCUACUGGUGGCGAUUUACGAAACAGACAUAAACACCAUGCAUCCAAUCCUUAUUCCCUCACUCUCCGCACAUGAACAGGCGAGGGACUACGACGCGGAGGUGACCGCUUACCGACCCUUUCUCCUGAACAUUCUUGAUAGAAGUGGAAGAGAUUCACCAAGACGCCCCUCGCCUUGCCAGUGAUGGUAUCAAUGCUCUUGUCCACAGUAUGGUGGCUUUCACGUGCCUCGACACGGAAAGUCCUAUUUUCUCCAAUGACAAUUGGAAAAUCUCAGAACUCUUCGAGCUGUAUAUGGAGAUC